CACAAAGCGUUGUGCUGCUAUUGGGUAAGCUAAUGACCUCUAGGCGUCCCUGAGACCCGCCGCUCUCCACUCAUUCAAAUGCAAACGGAAGGGUAUAAAUAGAGAGAUUGCCAACGGCAGGCGAGACUGAAUAAAAAGAAGAUUGUACGCGUAACAGCUGCUAGCAAAAAAAAACGUGCUGCGGGUGGGAGGAUUUUCCCUUUUGUGUUCAUUUUUUUCUCAUUUCUUUACAAAUAAAAAAAAUUGAGAAGGCUGUUGUUACCCUGAACAACAUGGCUCCAUCGUGCAAACCCAGCAAUCUUAGGGAUGAAGGGGACUAUUACACAGUGAAAGAAGAUCGAAAGACUCGCAAGCCACUGAUUGAGAAAAAAAGACGCGCCCGCAUUAACGAAAGCUUGCAAGAACUGAGACUGAUCCUGGCGGAUACGGAACUGCAGUCGAAAAUGGAGAAUGCGGAGGUCCUGGAGAUGACCGUGAAACGUGUCCAAAACAUACUUCGCAACAGAAAUGUUGAAACAGACAGGUUUAACCAGGAAGCGAACGAGAGGUUUGCAGCUGGCUACAUCCAGUGCAUGCAUGAGGUGCACACUUUCGUCUCAAACUGCCCCGGAAUCGACUCUGCAGUGGCCGCCGAGUUACUGAACCACCUCUUGGAGUCGAUGCCUUUGAGCGAAGACAACUUUCAGGAUUUACUGGGCGAGCUAAUGGCCGAGACUGGCUCCUCCGGCGUUUGGCCUGGGCCUGAUGAUGUGUGCCAUUUAUUGGCGUCCCCCGGAGGAGGUAUCCAGACCAGUCCCUCAGCACUGUCUCCUUUAUCCACUGCUUCCAGUGAUGACCUCUGCUCCGAUCUGGAUGAAGCGGAUUCGCCUACUGCCGGACAAAGUCCUUUGCUGCAAGAAAAGUUCGAUAACUCUAGGACAGAUAGCACGUCCCCUGUAAUGUAUUCGAAAUCGAUUUGGAGGCCGUGGUAACUGAAUGGAUCUAAGUGAAAUAAAUUUACAAAGCUACCUAGUUUGAAUGGGACAUCGGUUCACCCGUUUUAAAAGCCAGUAGCAAGUCAUCGCUACCUUCAAUGAAGCAAUACUGAGUGUCUAACAAGUGCAGCAGUUGUGUGUCAUGAGGAAAUAAAUACGAUUAAAGAAACUGAACAAAAAAUAGCACUGGGAAUAUUACAAAACAAUUGGCCCAUUAUCCUAUAUUGAAGGUUAGCAAUUUUAGAUACUAUCACGCAUUUCCAGUGGAAUUAGCAUUUCCAGGUCAAGAUUUCUUAGUAAACAGAAACAUGAAACAGAGCGCUUCAAAAAAGUACGACGUUUAACUGAUUUUCUUUUACCUUUUUGGAGUGCAAAUAUGCUCGUGCACACAUGAAUGAACAUGUAAACAUUCUACUUUUAGUGGUAAAACAAAGUUUAAUAUUCCCUUAAAGGGAUUCACUUGGAGCUAGAAUUAUUGCUAACAGGGUCCACAGUUCCUCCCUUCAGUGAAGGAAGACAGACUGAAUUAGAUUUGUGCAAGCCAUAAAGGUUAGAUGUAAAUGUUCUUAUUAAUUCUAGGGAAAUGGCUUUGGGAAACUUGUAUACCUGAUCCCUGUGCAUUUGAUCACAGUUACAUUGGCAAUGUUAUGGUAGCACAUUAACCUGAUUUUUUUUUAAAAAUUGUACGUAUAUUUGUCUGUCAUGUAAGUGGAAUUUUGUUAUGUUUUGUCAUUUAAAUAAACUUUUAACCACUUGAUAAAGAAUGACUAUUUACUAACCUAUAAGUACACACUUUGCCAUCUUUUUAUGCCAUUAAAUGAAGUACUGAUGCAAUGGCACCUAGCUUGCCUUAUGACAAACUCUACCAAUGCAAUUAUUAGGAUUUGAUAUGUACACAGCUAUUAGUUAAAAGCAGUCUUGCAUUUGCCAUGCUAUUCUAAAACCAAGCGCCACAUUAGAAUGACUUUUUGAUGCCAGGAUGUAUAUGUAUGCCUGUUUUUAGAGCUGAUGAUGUAGAGUGCCAGUGUUGGACUGGGGUGGACAAAGUCAGAAAUCAUAACACCAGAUUACAGUCCAACAAGUGAAGUGUCGCCUGACAAAGGAGCAGCGCUGCAAAAGCUUGUGACUUCAAGUAAAUCUGUUUGACUAUAACCUGAUAUUGUGUGACUUCUGAGCUGAGGGGCAAUUAACAUAACGUACAUCUUUUCCAACUAAGAGUCAAAUUUAAUGUUAUUUGCUGAAAUAAAUACCAUAUAAAAUAAGGCAGAAUCUAAUAAUGAUGUAUUAGCUAAUGGCUAGGUCUGAAAAGUUCACUAACAUUUCUCAAGAACUAAAUAAUGUUUAUCUAAGAGAAAAUAGAAUCCAAAUUGUGAAUAAUAAAGCUACUUAUUUAAAUUAGUAAGGUAUAAAAACAUUUCACUUAAAUUCACUCUCAUUUAAAUGUCUCUGUGAAACAAGUCCACAGAUUUAUCUACAUGGGAGUGUACACUGUAUUAGGGUACAGAAUGUGUUGGAACUUACAACUGGCUGCAAAGGAUUUGAAUGUACAUUGACUUGAGCACCUCUUGCCUCUUUCACAAAAAAGCUAUUAUGUUGUCAUUAUUUAUCUGACAUCAUGCAGAAAUUUCCUCCAAUUAAGUGUGGGAAAACUGAAGACAUCGUUUACGCUAGCCACUCCAAAAUCUAUUCCCUAGUUACCAAUUCCAUCCUGCCCUUACGAUAGCUGCCCUUUGCAAUAACUUUGAAAGUUUGAUCAUGAGAUGAUCUCCAGACCUCAAAUUCAUGCAAUCACUGAGAACACCUAUUUUCAUCAUUGAACAGUGAUCAACUUCACCCAGUCUCAAUUCAUUUGUUGCUGGAAUCUUCAUUCACGGCUUUACACCAGACUUCUUCUAAGCACACCAGCUUUUCUACAAAAUGUUACUCUCCGUAAGUGUGAUGUAAUCCAUAAUUCUACUACUUAUGUAGCACCAAUCCCCUAUUGCCUCCCUGCUUUCUGACUUUGGCUCCUGGUAAAGCAAAACUUGACUCUAAAAUCCUCAUCCUUAUUUUCAGAUCUCUCCAUGACCUCUUCUAUAUCUGCAAUCUCUUCUAAAUCCAGGACCCUACCCUGAAAUCAGACACUAAAAUCCUGAUCUCACUGCUGAAUUGAGUAAAAUCAAGAAAUAUAACAUUUAUUUUCAAGAGGUGGUUUGACAGUGAUUUGAGUAACAAUCCACAGCAAUGUUUUCAGACAGUUUGGUGAAAUACUGGGUUAAUUUGAAAAAUAAUUUUAUAUUUAGAAAAAAUGAAUUGCCACACCUGCUCUUUUCCAACUUCCAAGUAGUAGAACUCAAAAGUAUACGUUUUCACAGACUACUUUUUAACCGAACUGCCACUAUUUACAAUUGGUAUUACAUGGCUGGCCUACUACUCACACAACAUAAUUCAUGGAUAACGUAUUCUAUUGUUAGAUAAAUUUUCAUUAACAUUUCAGAGCGAUGAGCUGAGUUAACAGGUUAGAAUCCAACUUAUAAUUGUAUAUCUUUUACAUGUUGAAUUUUGGGACAUGAUAUAAAGGCGUUGUACUACAGCAUCAAAUUUGAGGCUGGCAACUGCUUAGAGAAUUAAGGCAGGCCUGACUUGUACUGCUAUCUUUUAAUUAUCCUCAGGCCAGCAAAAUCAAAAUUCCCAUCAUUCUAAAGGUGGUUAAAUCUCAUUGUUAAAUCCACGUGAUGGUCAACAUUCUGCUUACACUAAAAUGAAUUAAGAUUAAAGAUAAAACCUCAACUUUUGACAACUACACUGCAGCUUGUGAAACUAAUACUAUUUUAAAAGGAAAAAUGUUCAUAAGAUGUGGGCAGUGUUGGCUUACUAGACCAGCAUUUGUUACCUAUCCUUGAUAAGGUUGUGGUGAGCCAGCUUUUUGAACCUUUGUGGUCCUUGUGGUUGAGGUAAACCCAUAGUGCUGUUAGAAAGAGUCAUGUUAGGCCUUGAGUUGGUCUUUGCUACUUGCUCAGUGUGAAUCUGGUGAUUGAAUUAUACUACACAUAUUGCAUGAAUGUGA